AUGUUGACCAAAAUUGGAAGGCUGAGGCUUUAUUUAUUGGGCAGGCUGACAGCAAAUGUGACAUAUUUUCAACGAUUUAAAUCUACAGGAGACGAUAAGUUUUCUAAUAUUGAAGAUUUCAACAAAUUGAAAACUGAAUAUAAUUUUGGAUACAAUUUUAACUCAUUAACUGAUAGUGCAACAGGCACUAAGCUCGAUUCACAAAAGGACACAGAGGUAAACCCCGAAACUGGAGACAGAGACAGAGACAGAGACACGUUGGAUAUCAAUGCGAUACUUGAGCAGGAUCCACGUUUAGCUCAAUUGCGUCCGGGAUCUCAUGAAUACCGUGAAACUUUGUAUCGGCUACAUCAAGAAUACGUUGCUAAUCAAAAAAAAAGCCAAAAGAAACACGAAUUCAACGAAAGAAUGAAAGGUGUGCUUUUUGGGGCAAUAGCGUUAGUUGGGCUAAUUUCAGGACACCAGAUAUAUAUGAAUUAUGGCUCUUUAAAGAACCGGCUAUUGAAAGAUUAUUAUUAUGGCGACUUGGAGGAUAAUGUUGAAAACACAUCAACUACAAAUGUCAAAACAAGCAAAUAUUUAGCAGCAAAGCUAGAAAAGGAAUUAAGCGAUGAGAAUUUGACCAACCUAAAGAACUCAAUGGAAGUGCCAGGUGUAUAUAUGUUUGGUGAUAACACAAAGAUUCCUCUUAGAGUUUCCGGGUUUGACAAUAUUUUUCUUAGAGAUGCUCUUGUGGAACGAGGAUGCAUCGUGGCAGUAACAGAUAAGGGAAAAGUCCUUAAAUGGAAAAAAGGCGACGACGCAAACAAAGUGUUUGAGAUUGAACUUCCCGAGAAGGUGAAAAAAGUGGUUGGCACUAGGGAUUUUUACUUUUUUUUAACUGAAAAAGGUGGAAUCCUUUACACAGCGAAAAAUGAGCAAGUUGGGUUUUUGCCGAUGCUAAAGAAAAGCAGGUGGUUUGGAUUAUUGAGAGGUCACGAAUGCAGCAAAUUGAAUGCAACAAACAUUAAAGAAUUGAGUGCUGGUGCUAACCAUUUAUUAUUACUUGACAAAUUUGGUCAAAUUCUGGUUGUUAAUACUGCUCACAAGCCAGAGAAUCAUGGACAGUUUGGUCCAAGCUACUCACCAUUCGACAAUGAGAAAACUCCGCCUGUUGACGAGGUUAUUGAUUUGCCUUUACUUAACAACGAAAUUGCCAAGACAUCCGACGGUGGGAAAGUUAUUAAGUCUAGAACAUUCACUGCUAUAGCCAGUGGAGAUUAUUUCAACAUUGUUUCUGAUAGUACUGGGGAUGUUUGGGCAUGGGGUGAUAACUCUUUUGGACAAUGUGGAAUGUUGAACACCACUCAAUAUCAGCCAGUGCCCAAACGGAUAUUUCAAAAAAGUGAUUUUAAGAGGAUAUGUAGGAAUGUACUAGGUACCAAAACCAAGGAGGAGUUAUUCAACGUUGAAGAUAUAUUUGCCACUAAGGAUGCCAGUUUCAUAGUAUUGAAUUACCUAGAUCAAGAUGUUAUACUAAGCUUAGGAAAUGGACUUAAUGGACAAUUGGGAGGAGGUAGGUAUAUGCAGGUAUGUUCCUAUCCUGAAAUAAUCAAGUCUUUGACAGGUUUACAAGAGUUUGACGAAACACAGAACCGUGUCAAGAAAAUUGGAAUUAAGAAAUUAAGCGCUGGGAACAAUCACUUGUUUGUAACUUUGGACAAUUCAGGAGACAGCAAGGACGUGAUGGCGUUCGGAUCCAAUGACUAUGGACAACUAGGUAAUGGAAAAAAGAUAAAAACAUGCAAACCAACAAAGUUGCCGGGUCUUUUGGAGCCACCAACUGAUAAUCAAGAUAAAUCGAAAUUAGCAAAAUCAAUCAACGACACGAGCUCAAAGAGAUUGCAGCUUUUAGAUAGCCAAACAGUAGGUCGCAAGACCGUUGAGCAAGUUAUAGUUGCAGGUGACGAUGCAUCAUUGAUCUAUUAUAAAUGUAAAUAA